UUAGUCGAGUCACGUGGGGCGGGGCGCGCUCUGUGCGGCUGCGCCAGCCGGUAGCUGCAGCUGGAGCGGUGGCGUUUGGAGGAGACGCGGUGUGAUUGAAACGGAUCCAAGGAACGUACUGCAAAGAACAUCCCUGAAGUAUAUGACAGUUUUUUCAAAAUCGGAAAUGCUUUUCUUGGUGCUUGAAACCGAAGGAAAUAAUCGCCUUUAAUCUGGCACUCAGAGCUUAUUUCUGCUGUGCAGAGAUCUCAGCUACGUGAUACCAAGCAGAAACUGGAUGGCUUCUACAGGGAGCCAGGCCUCUGAUAUAGACGAGAUUUUUGGAUUCUUCAGUGAUGGCGCACCCCCCUCCAAAAAGCCCAGGAAGCUGCUUCCAAGCCUAAAAACCAAGAAGCCCCGGGAGCUUGUGCUGGUGAUUGGCACAGGCAUCAGUGCUGCUGUUGCACCUCAAGUUCCAGCCCUGAAAUCCUGGAAGGGGCUGAUUCAGGCCUUACUGGAUGCUGCUAUUGACUUUGACCUUCUAGAAGAUGAGGAGAGCAAGAAGUUUCAGAAAUGUCUCCACGAAGACAAGAACCUUGUCCAUGUGGCACAUGACCUCAUCCAGAAACUCUCUCCUCGUACCAGUAAUGUUAGAUCUACAUUCUUCAAGGACUGUUUAUAUGAAGUAUUUGAUGACCUGGAGUCGAAGAUGGAAGAUUCUGGAAAGCAGCUACUUCAGUCAGUUCUGCACCUGAUGGAAAAUGGAGCCCUGGUGUUAACUACAAAUUUUGACAACCUUCUGGAACUGUAUGCAGCAGAUCAGGGAAAACAGCUUGAAUCCCUCGACCUUACUGAUGAGAAAAAGGUUCUGGAGUGGGCGCAGGAGAAGCGGAAGCUGAGCGUGUUACAUAUCCAUGGGGUCUACACCAACCCCAGUGGCAUUGUGCUUCAUCCAGCUGGAUAUCAGAACGUGCUCAGGAACACUGAAGUUAUGAGAGAGAUUCAGAAACUCUAUGAAAACAAGUCGUUUCUUUUCCUGGGUUGUGGCUGGACUGUGGAUGACACCACUUUCCAGGCGCUUUUCCUGGAGGCUGUCAAGCAUAAAUCUGACCUCGAACAUUUCAUGCUGGUUAGGAGAGGAGAUGUUGACGAGUUCAAGAAGCUUCGAGAAAAUAUGCUGGAUAAGGGGAUUAAAGUCAUCUCCUAUGGAAAUGACUAUGCCGAUCUUCCGGAAUAUUUCAGGCGACUGACGUGUGAGAUCUCCACGAGGGGUAGAUCAGCAGGGAUGGUGAGAGAAGGUCAGCUAAAUGGCUCCUCCGCAGCCCACAGUGAGCUAAGAGGCUGCAGUACAUGAGCAAGCUAGAGAAAUCAGCACCACCAGACCAAGCUGUCAGGCCCUACUGUGGACAGUGUUUAACAAGUAAACUUGCAAGAACCCAACACAGCACCCAGAAAUACCAAUACACAGAGGUUGAAGGUUGGGGGUAGAAUAGGGGAGGAAAUACUCUAAAUUGACUCCUUCAUGCUGGCUGGUUUCUUGACAUUCUGCUGCCUGUUCCAGUUCAAGAACACCCAAGUGACAACAGGACCCAAAUGCACCCCCUGCCCCCUGGGCUGGACAUGCUUGUGUCCACACGGCAGAUCAGUAUGGCACUGCGCAGGUGGUGGCUGCGGCUCUGCAUGAAGGACUCGGGGCAUCCAGAAGCCGUGGAAUCUUCAUGGCUCUUGUUGCAGUUUUGUACUCUACACUUGGUUUUUCAACUCAGCUUAAUGGCUUUUUUAAAACAUGACUUGAAGCUCUAGUUUUCUAGAUCUUUUACAGUGUACAGUAUUUUACAUAACAGCUGUAUUAAAAGCUUGUUCAUUUA